AACGGUGGAACAAUAAUUUUAUAUUUUAAUUUCGCCCUUUUGCGCAUUGGGCCGAAAAGUGUUGGUAAAUUUUUUUUGACAUUCGAGAACGACGGUUGAGUGGGAGAGUGGGGUUAUAAAUCCGGCUAGAAUAGCGAGAAUUGGGCCCCCUUGUCGACGAUGGCGUUAAAUCCGCAAUACGAGGCAAUCGGGAAAGGGUUCGUGCAGCAAUACUAUGCCCUGUUCGACGAACCGAGCCAGCGGCCUAACUUGGCGAACAUGUACAAUAUCGAGAGCUCCUUCAUGACGUUCGAAGGCGUCCAACUGCAAGGCUCCGUGAAAAUAAUGGAAAAACUAACCAGUUUAUCAUUUAAAAAAAUUAAUCGAAUAAUCACGGCGGUGGACUCGCAACCCAUGUUCGACGGCGGCGUCCUCAUCAACGUCCUAGGCAGAUUACAGACCGAUGAAGACAUGCCUCAUGCGUAUCUUCAAACUUUCGUCUUGAAACCAAUUGAGGGGAGUUUUUUUAUCCAACACGAUAUUUUCCGACUUGUCCUUCAUGACACUAUUUAGUCAAAAAGGCAGCCGACGAAGACCCCCCACACGCAUUUUCCCAAGUAUUUGUUUUAAAACCUCUAGGAAACUCAUUUUUUGUCCAACAUGAUAUUUUCAGAUUGGGGAUUCACGACACUGCUUAAACUACUUGUUUCAUUGCUUCAUCAUUAAAAUAAACUAUUUUAUAAACUUUCA